UCUUCCAAGAUGGAAAGACAGAGGCUGACUGGACCAACUGGUUCCCAGCAUACCUUAAGCUGGUGUCUCACUCAGAAUGCUCAGCCUCAUUCACCCGCCCACCUCUACUCAAGUCAACAAGUGUCAGGUGAGCAGCGCGUCAUGCAAUGGAUUCUAUGCGAGCUGUUGUCGUCCCCUGGCUGCUGGUCACGGUGCUGGUGACCGGGGCCUGGACCCAGCCCCACAGCGGGGAUGGAGAGGACCAGGCCUACCCCUCGUACGCAGAGCCCCUGGUCCCCGGGUGGAGCGGUCGGAGGGCGGCCUGCGACCGCUCUACCUCUUCGCCCGCUCGUUCCUCCGUGCCGUGCAGCCCAACGCGUUCCCCGGGGACCUUUUAGCCAGAGUGAUGAAAAACGGGACGGCAGAUGAAGAUGUCCCUGAGCUGGUGCGCUACGAGGCGGGCUACCUCGUGUGUUUCCUCCUGGCCGUGUUCUACCUGCUCUUCCUGCCCAUCACCGGAGCCGCCCUGCUGUGGAGACACCGCCACCCUCGGGGCGCGGCCGUGACCCCCCCCAGCCCCGCCCCGCCCCGCUGGAACCUCGGGGACCUGGGGGCGGCGGGGGCCCUCAUCCUCACCACCCUGCUGCUGAUCAUAGGAGUGAUCCUGGCCUUCGCCUCCAACAGCAGGACCAGGGCCGGUGUGCGGCCCGCUCUGCUGCACCUGGAGGUCAACCUGGGCGUCCUGGAGGGGCACCUGGCCGCCGUCCCCCAGGAAAUUGAAUCUGUGUUGGAACAGUACAGCAUUCCAAAGGCAGCCAUCUCGCGGAGUAUAGAAGAGAUGGACGACACUGUGGGAGAAACGAUCGUCGCACGAUUACAAAGUCCGUUCCAGGAGGCCCUCGCAGCUUUCUCCACUGCUGUCGGAGAUGCUAAUAGGACGUCUGAGACCCUUCGGUCCAUGGAGGAGAUCCGGGUGUCCCUCAAGGAGAGACAGAUCGAGCUUCAGUAUAAUCUCACUAACCUCAAGGCCAGUCUGGAGAACCUGACGGAGGUCUGCCCCGGCUGUGAAACAGAUGCAGAUUACAACAAGAUAGAAAGUGAGGAGAAACGGCGGAAUUCCAUUCCACUUGAUUCCUUACGGUUUCAUGUGAAUAAAAGCAAUCUCACGUUCCUCAGCAUCAGACAGAUCUGCUCAAGACAGCUCGCACCCACCAUAGAGGACCUGCUGUCGGAGCUGAACCACACCCAGGUGUUGCUAAGGAACAGCAGCCAGGGUUUCCCCUCGCUGCUGUCCCUUCGUCGGGCCGUGACCGACCUCAGGGUCUCUGUCAGGAGGGCCGGGGGUCCGCUCGACCACUACGACCACGCCAGGUGGGCGGUGGGUGUUACACUGUGCUUCGUGCUGCUGGUGACGGCUGUGCUGCUGCUGGCCGCCGUGUCCGUGGGGCUGCCGCUGCUCUUCAACCCGGCCGUGUACUCCCGCUGUCCUCACGCGCGGCUGGAACGCACGGCCCUCUGGAUGUUCCAGAUUUGUAUUCUGUUGAUGUGCGCGUUCUCAUGGCUGUACAUCAUCAUGGUGUUCAUCACUCUCUUCCUCGGGGGUAACGUCCACACCCUGCUGUGUCAGAGCUUCACCAGCAGAGAGAUCUUCCCAUUCCUGGACAAGCAGGAAGACUUGUUCACCAGUCUGCUGAACCAUAGCACCCCGAUUCCACUCAAGUCCGCCAGGAUCUUCCGUGGCUGUCAGAGAGGAGAGUCCUUGUUCCUCAGCAUGGACAUGGACCAGACCUUUGACCUGGAGAAGUUCCUGGACCCCGCGAAGUACUUUACAGGGUUGAACGAGACUCUGCAGGACGUCUCAGUGAGCGCGGAGGGCCUGAAGCUGCUGUCUGACGGCGGGAGAGAGGCUCUGCUCACGUACCAGGAGAUCGACCUGGAGAGCUACCCCUACGACGCCAUGACACAGCUGUUGGGAAAACCCGUGGUGAAACAGAACCUCCUCGACUUAGCCAACGAGCUGAAAGAGAAGGCCCAAAAUGAGACUGUAGAUACCAAAGCAGCUCUACUGAAAGCAGCUGGGAGGGCUCGUCUCCUGCAUGACCAGACGCUUCUCCAGUCAGCCGACGCUGCCAACAUGAAUGAAAGUGUCAAGACCUUGAAGAUCAUCAGCCAAUCAUACGGGGUGAAUGUCAUCACCACGCUGAGCCGCUUCGACGCCACCCAGACCCUCCUGGACCGUCAGGCGCCCCUCAUCUCCGCCAACGUGUCCCGGCGCACCUUGGAGAGUGGCGAGCAGCAGCUGCUCCGUUACCUGGCCUGGGCCCGCCGCACGAUCCUGGAGGACGUGUUGGGGUGCGGCUGGCUCACCAGGUCGGUGGACAACAUCUACACGGCCGUGUGCCUCAACGUGGUGGACCCCUGGAACGGGUUCUGGUUGAGUCUGGGCUGGUGCUGUGCCUUCCUGGUUCCUGCUGUGUUCCUCAGCCUGUAUGUGACCCUUCGUCUGCCCCCCCACCCCACGGCUCAGCUCCAGGCCUCCGCAGCCUUCACUGGUUAUGAUGAUCCCGACAUCUCGCUGAAGAAGAAGCCAUACGAUGAGAAGGAAGGAGAGAGCCACCGCUCAGAAGAGAAACCCAAAUCCAACAUCUACAUGACCUUAUCAGAGCUCGGUGAUUUCAACGAUUAAACGUUAGGCAGAGAUCGAUGGAGAUAGUGUAAGGAUGCUUCGUGUGUUUUAAAUUCCGUGAGGCCCCUUCUCUCUGCUGCUCAGUGUAUCUGGGUAAUACCCGGGAAGAAAUAUAUAUUAUAAUUAUAUAGAUCAAAGCUGCUCAUGUUGGUGCAAAAAAGAUGAAGGUAACAAUAAACGGGUAAUGAAGGACGGUGGUGGUAUUUAAUUGUGAUGCAUUUGUAUCAUCUAUACUGCAAUAAAAUAAUCAUUGCAA